AGAUAGGCUGAGAGGCACUGCAUCUCUCUGUGCACACAAAUGGUCUCUGUGCAGCUCGGAGCGCCCCGAUUACCAUUCCGAGCACAGCACCCCUGGUCAGAAAUGGAGCCGGGUCGGUGGUUGACAGUAGUCCGGGGGCAGAAGGGGGGGGAGGCGUAUAUUAUGGCAGCAACCUUUCGGUCAAUCUGGAUUAAUUCGCCAUGAGCCCUGCGUCGCCAGUAAAAACCCAGUGAAUGUGAUCUGAACAUCUGGCUGGACUCGGAACAGCACCAGUCACUCACAGCGCUGUAGAUAUUAAAGCAGCCUGUCGCUUACAAAGGCGUUUUCUCUUCUGGAGGUGCACACAGGCGGAUGCGCAGUAGAGGCGAUCCCGUACAGCUGCAGCCAUCGGAGCCACACCGGGACCCUCCAGGCUGCGUUUUCCAGCAUUGUUCAUCAAAGAGGAAAAUCUGAGUUGCAUUUCUCUGAUGUGAGGAGAUCGCAGAGAAAUCGCCCUUUAUCUGCCAGAAAUGGAUUUCAUGAAGGGCAUCGCUGGUUUUGCAGGCCGUCACAUGUUAUAGGAACCAAGACGCGUGUUUCGGGACACCUAAAUUAUCUCCAAGAGGCGACGGAGGUCCCAUUAUAGGCAAGCCACUCUCGGUAUGCUCUCAGCCCCCCUGGGAGGAAACAAGCUCAAACUCACCCUCCUUUGACUUGUCUUGAUGUUUCAUCUGCAAGGUCUGUUGACCUGACUGAAAAACCAAAUGGAGUCUCUCUUGGUUUAUCUCAUAGUCGUCAGUGUGGCUGUGAAGGCGCACAAAGUUCAAAUCUGCCCCAAACGCUGUGUCUGCCAGGUGCUUAACCCCAACCUGGCAACUCUGUGUGACAAAAAGGGGCUGCUGUUUGUGCCCCCAAAUAUCGACAGACACACAGUGGAAAUGCGUCUUGGGGAUAACUUUGUAACCAGCAUCAAACGCAAAGACUUUGCUAACAUGACCAAGCUGGUAGACCUGACCCUCUCUCGGAACACUAUUGGUGCCAUCGCGCCUCAUGCCUUCAAAGACUUGGAGAACCUACGAGCCCUUCACCUCGACAGCAACCGUCUAAUCCACAUCACCAACGACACCUUCAGUGGCAUGUCCAAGCUGCACCACCUUAUCCUCAACAACAACCAGCUAACACACAUCCAGAUCGGAGCCUUUAAUGAUGUGACAGCACUGGAAGAGCUGGACUUAUCCUAUAAUAACUUAGAAAGUGCCCCAUGGGUGGCCAUCCAGAGGAUGCCCAAUCUCCACACUCUCAAUUUAGACCACAACAUGCUCAGCUACAUCCCAGAGGGCACCUUCUCUGGGCUGCAGAAGCUCAAAAGGCUGGAUGUGACCUCCAACAAGCUGCAGAAGCUUCCUCCUGACCCCAUUUUCCAAAGAGCAGGCUCCCUUGCCACUUCUGGGAUAAUGGGACCUUCUUCCUUUGCGCUGAGUUUCGGAGGGAACCCUCUGAGGUGUAACUGUGAGCUGCUCUGGCUGCGGAGGUUGAGGAGGGAGGAUGAUCUAGAGACCUGUGCUUCACCGCAGCACCUCUCCGGACGCUAUUUCUGGACUGUUUCAGAGGAAGAGUUCUUGUGUGAACCUCCUCUCAUCACCAGGCACUCUCAGGAGCUACGAGCUUUGGAGGGUCAGAGUGUGACUCUGCGCUGUAAGGCUAGGGGCGACCCCGACCCCAUCAUUCACUGGAUCGCCCCUGAUGGACGCCUGAUGUCCAACUCCUCCAGGGCUGUCGUCCACACAGAUGGCACGCUGGACAUCCUCAUCAGCACUGUCAAGGACUCCGGCUCUUUCACCUGCGUGGCCUCCAACCCGGCCGGCGAAGCCCAGCAGACGGUAGAUCUGGUCAUCACUAAGCUCCCUCAUAUCACCAACAACACAGUCACAGAGCAGGAGCCUGACCCCGGAUCAUCAGAUAUUGCCACAGUGACUAAGACAGGGGCAGAAGCGGGUGGGGUGCCUUUAGGGAAUGCGAAGACGAGCCAGGAGAAGAAAGUAGUAAUUGCUGAGGCCACAUCCACUUCAGCGCUGGUGAAGUUUAACUUCCAGAGGAGUAUUCCUGGAAUACGCAUGUUCCAGAUCCAGUAUAAUGGGACCUAUGAUGAUUCACUGGUGUAUAGAAUGAUACCCCCGACCAGUAAGAGCAUCUUGGUAAACAACCUGGCGGCUGGUACGCACUAUGACCUGUGUGUGCUGGCCAUCUACGAUGACCAGGUGACGUCGCUGACUGCCACCAGGGUGAUAGGUUGUGUCCACUUCACCACCGACCCACAGUACUUGAGAUGUCAUUUCAUGCAGUCCCAGUUUCUUGGCGGCACCAUUGUUAUUAUCAUUGGAGGGAUUAUUGUGGCCUCAGUGCUUGCUUUUAUCAUCUUCCUCAUUGUGCGCUACAGGGUGUGUAACCAGGGAGAUGCAGAUAAGCCUCUAGAGAUGGGAGAUAUUCGGUCACUGAGCAGUGACGGACAGCUACAGGGCUGUGGGAUUCCCAAAUCCCUCUCUAAACAGGUUCUACGUCCAGAGAAGAACGACAAGGACUGCCUCAGAGUUGCCCUGCCACCCCCAGAGCCAGCCAAGCAGCGACCACCAGUUGUUAUAGCCACCACCAAACCCUCCGUCCCUGACUGCACUGUCUCUACUUCUGCAGGCAGCCACAGCUGGCACCCAGCCUCCCCAGGCGCUCUGAGACCCAAACGUUCCAGUGCUCCACCAAAACCCUCAGAGGCUCACCAAGCUGAAGCUCAGGCAGAUGUUGAGCUUGAUAACAUGAACCGGAAUAACUCGUCAGAUGUUAAAAUGGCCCACACCAUCGCUCUAGCAGUUCUUGGCCAACCAACCAAAUGGACUUCCAUUCCUAGGGGUCCGCGGCCCCACCAGGCCACUCGGCAUUACAUGACUGUGCCUGCAGGGGGAAUGAGGGUGAACCGCAGGCACUCCCUUAAUGCAGACUCAUACAGAGAGCGCUGUUAUGUGGCCUACCCCAAACCUGGGGCCAGUCUGCGCUCCAAGCGCAGCCUGUCGAUGAGCGGAGAGCUGCCACAACUCGAGAGCACAACAAACAUUCACCGGGCCAGGGACAAACUCUCCAGGUCAGAGUGGCUUCUGGAGAGCACUUUAUGAUUUGGAGCCUCUCACCCGCAUUCUCUCGUUUUCUUAAAGUGGAUAUGUGGCCCGCUGUGGAUGAGACAGGAAUUGUCUCCCUUGUUUUGAGCUUCUGUGCACCCUAUUGAAGGACCUGUAGGCUACACUCAUAUGUUUGGGAGCAAGGCAGGCAUACAGGGUUACAGGAAACAUUUCACAUUUGUUUUCUACCUUAUAGCCUAUGAAAGUCUUCUUUAUAAUGACAUUUGACCAAACUUUGAUGAAAGGCACAACAAUGUAUAAAACAACUUCAUGUACAAAAAUGUUAAGUUGUGUGAGAUUCUGUAUAUCUCAGUACAACUAUAAGUAUUCAUGUGGUAUUGAAUGCAGUAAGCUGGACAUACUGUAUUAUAAAAAAAAAAAAAAAAGAAACACACAGGGGAUGGGGUUAUUAUACUCACAGUCUCAUUGCCUGUUACUUUAAGUGAUACAAUCUCUGUAGACUUUGAACAUGAUUCUUGUCUCCAGCGCUACAGACAGAUGGUGACAUAUAUUAAAUACCUUGGCAAAGUUUUGGGGGAGAUUAUGAAUGUGCAUUACAUCCCAGAGGUGUCGGAACACAAUGUAGUAGACAGACAGCAUUCCAUCCUUUCAUCACUGACACUCCCAGACACAGCACAAUGCAGCAUUUUUUGUGGCACAAGUCGACUCAGCCUAAUACUGCCCUCUGGUUUGAAUCGAUACAUUUUUAUUGCAUAAUUACAUAAAGACUCAGCUCUGAUAAGAUUCCUCUCUUGGCUCAUUUGGGUGACAACUGAACCACGACCAACAGCGUGACAGGUGUGGGAAGUAAUCUGAUUGUACGUGUGGAUGAGAUCGUGAGGAACGGUUUGUUUCCAUAUUUUUUACUUACUGACAUUAUCAUGUCGCACCAAUGACAACCAUUGUAAAUGAAUCUAUGUAAGAGAAAUGAUAAUCACAAGUAAGGGAGAAUGUCAGCUCUUGAUUUUACAGUUGAUUC